AUGAUAACAGAAUUUUGUGGUUCUCAGGGGCAAAUAUUCGACCAAAAUUUACCACAUGUCCCAUGCAGCCAACCGAGGGUAGCGAUCGAUCCUGGAAGCAAUGAACCGCGCUUGACCCAUUCCUCAACAUGCGAUCAAAGCAUCCGGCCGGCCGAACGCACCGGUCGAGCAGGAAGGCAAAGGACCACGGUCGACCCAGAUCAUCAUCUCACGACCAAGACCAUUACAUCACGGCCGACCCCGACGGCCGACCACAUCCCUUGCACGGUCGACCCGAUCUCCAGGUCCUUCCGUGAAUCGUGA